AUGGCGUAUCUCUUCGAAACCACGACACUUUCCGAACAUGACUUUCGCUCCAUGCUUCAUUUGCGCGGCGGACUACCCGUUGAGCACCGCGUCACGGCGUGGAAGUUCUUGCUACGUCUCCCGGGUAACUCGAAGCAGUUCGCUCAGCUCGUAUCCAGAGGACCGCACCCGACGGCGUUGGCUAGCCUCUCGAUCCGCUACCCCUUGCGCGACCGAAAACUCUUUCGGAAAGCGGCCGUGCUUUUGUCUGCAUUAGCUCAUUGGUCACCGAUCUUGGCGGAGGUUGAGUUCGUGCCGAGUUGGCUGUUUCCCUUCUGCGUGGUUUUUGGUCAGGACGACCUAGGAGCCUUCGAGGCGGCGGUGUCUUUUUUUUUGCACUGGGGGUCGCGGCUUCUGGUAACCUUCCCGCAGCCACCCGUGCCGGUGCUAGCAGGGAUGGAGCUCGCGCUACAACGCGCCGAUCGGGAGCUCGCGGCCCACCUCAAGUCCCUGAGCGUCGGAGCGCUAUCCUACGGGUGGCCCCUGCUGCGUAGUGCCUUCUCGGAGGUGCUAGCCCGGGAGGAGUGGCUGUGUCUCAUCGAUCGCAUUCUGGCGAACGCCCACCAGCCUGAGCUUCUCGAGGCUGCCGUUGUGGGCUUCAUGGUUUCCUUUCGGAAGCAGCUGCUUGUCCUGGAGUCGACCGAGGAGGCUGAAGCCUUCUUUAGGCGGCGGCAGUCACCCUCGACCUCCGACCUCCAACGGAUUUUCCGGGUGAUGGAGAAGGUGUCGAGUUACGUUCAACAACCCGAAAGAUUGGGAGGUCAAGUGGACAGCGAUGGUGCAGAUGUGGGCGAGGCGAUGGCGGCAUUAGCUUUGCUUCGCAUAGCCCCUCAGGAGUUCAAACCGCUUCCUAGGGUUGGGCCUUAUCCGUUCUUUGACGGGUACCCGCAGUUUGUGAUCAACUAUCAGGCGGAGAUGAGGCAGAGAGUGGCCGCACAGGAGCGCGACAUGAGACACAAGUACCGGCUGGCGUUCACUUGA